UCAAUUUGUGAGUUUGAUGAGAGUGUAGUGAAAAUCAAAGAGACAAAGUUCUCCCAAACACUUCAAUUAUGGCUUCUUCAAUGAUGGAGACCAGCAAAUCGCAGGAGGACAUUGAGAAGAAGUCGCAUGAUGUAAGGUCUGAAUGGGUUCUUAAUGCUCCUCAGCCCCCAAGUCCCUACCGUGUGGUUGCAGAUUCUCUCAGUAAAACCAUUUCCCAGUGUCAAAGAAGCUUUUCCUCUCUCAGAGAUCAACCCUUCACCACACUCCUGCUUUCAGUUUUGCAAGUCAUUUUUCCUAUUCUUGCAUGGGGCAGAAACUACACUGCUUCUAAAUUCAGGAAAGAUCUUCUUGCAGGCCUUACUAUUGCAAGUCUCUGUAUUCCCCAGAGCAUUGGGUAUGCGACUUUAGCACACCUUGAUCCUCAAUAUGGCCUUUACACAAGUGUUGUACCACCGCUUAUCUAUGCUGUAAUGGGAACUUCUAGAGAGAUAGCAAUUGGUCCUGUGGCUGUGGUUUCUCUGCUGUUAUCAUCAAUGAUCCAGAAAUUAACAGACCCUGCUGUUGAUCCAGUGGGAUAUACAAAGCUGGUUUUGCUUGCUACACUCUUUGCUGGAAUCUUUCAAACUUCGUUCGGAGUUUUCAGGCUGGGGUUCCUUGUGGAUUUCCUAUCCCAUGCUGCGAUAGUUGGAUUUGUGGGAGGAGCAGCCAUUGUGAUUGGGCUUCAACAGUUGAAGGGACUGUUUGGAAUCACUCAUUUUACGACCAAAACCGACAUAAUCUCUGUCUUGAAAGCGGUUUGGGAAGCAGUUCACAAUCCCUGGAACCCGCGUAACUUUAUCCUCGGAACUUCUUUCUUGAUCUUCAUCUUAACAACUAGAUUUCUGGGUAAAAGGAAGAAGUUGUUCUGGUUGGCAUCAAUUUCUCCUCUUGUAUCUGUUGUAUUGUCAACUUUAGCUGUUUUUCUGACAAGAGCUGAUAAAAAUGGAGUUAAAAUAGUGAAACAUGUCAAAGGAGGAUUGAAUCCAAGCUCCAUCCAUCAAUUAGACUUCAACAACCCUUACAUUGGAGAAGUGGCCAAAAUUGGACUAGUGGUUGCUGUCGUCGCCCUAACUGAAUCUGUUGCUGUUGGACGAUCUUUUGCAUCCAUCAAAGGAUACCAACUUGAUGGAAACAAGGAGAUGAUGUCAAUAGGCGUCACAAACAUCAUAGGAUCUUUCACCUCCUGUUAUGUUGCAACUGGUUCGUUCUCCCGCACCGCUGUGAAUUAUGCGGCUGGCUGUGAAACUUUAGUGUCAAACAUUGUGAUGGCUGUGACGGUGUUGAUAUCAUUGCAGUUUUUGACAAAGCUUUUAUAUUAUACACCAACCGCUAUUCUUGCUUCUGUCAUUCUCUCUGCUCUCCCAGGACUCAUUGACGUCACUGAAGCUUACAAAAUUUGGAAGGUUGACAAGUUAGACUUUCUUGCUUGCACUGGAGCCUUCUUUGGGGUACUAUUUGCUUCUGUGGAGAUUGGUCUUCUAGUGGCGGUGGUAAUAUCUUUUUCGAAGAUCAUUCUCAUCUCAAUUCGACCUGGCACAGAAACUCUAGGAAAACUUCCGGGAACUGAUUUGUUCUGCGAUGUUUAUCAGUAUCCAAUGGCAGUUAAGAUUCCCGGGGUUAUGAUAAUUCGUGUCAAGUCUGCGUUACUUUGCUUUGCAAAUGCCAAUUUCGUUAGAGAAAGGAUAAUCAAAUGGGUCGCUGAGGAAGAAUCGGAAGAUGAUGACAAGGGAAAUUCAAAAAGCACCAUUCAACUCGUAAUUAUUGACACCUCCAAUUUGGUGAACAUUGACACUUCCGGAAUUGCUGCUCUAGAGGACCUGCAUAAAAGUUUGUCUUCACAUGGGAAGCAGUUAGCCAUUGCCAACCCUAGGUGGCAAGUGAUACACAAGCUAAAGGUGUCCAACUUUGUUGACAAAAUUGGUGGGAGAGUCUUUCUGACUGUUGAAGAAGCUGUUGGCUGCAAGAGCGAGUGCCAAGUUUGA